AGCGAGGAAACGAGUCUAAGGGUCUCUUUAUUACAUCGGAAAAAUCUCCCCUCUUUCUCUUUCUUCUACCGACUUUGUUUUUUACUUCGAUUCAACGGAACCCUAACUCAAUCAACUAGACAAUUCAAGAUUCCUUAGAUGACCGUACGAUUAGGGAGGAGUUGAGAUCAAGCGAACAGGGAUUUCGCCACCGAAUGGAGGGAGGUAGCGUCUCUAGACUUACUUACUCUGGGAUACACUCAUGGAUUAUGAUGACAAUGAUUCCCAAAGCCAGAAUCUUCAUUUAGCUGGUGAAGGAAACAAUAAAUUUCCUCCUGUUUUGCGGUCAUAUGAUCUCCCAAGAUUUGAUUUUGAUGAUAAUCUUCGUGGACAUUCAAGAUUUGAUAGUUUAGUUGAGACUGAAGUUUUUCUCGGUAUUGAAAACAGUGAAGAUAAUCAGUGGAUUGAAGAUUUUUCGCGUGGGAGUACUGGGAUUGCAUUUAGUUCAAGUGCAGCAGAACCGUGUUUGAUUUCUAGGCGCAACAAUGUCUGGUCUGAGGCAGCGUCCUCAGAAUCAGUUGAAAUGCUGUUAAAAUCUUUAGGGCAGGACGAAAAUACACUUUCUCAAACUAUUAGCAAGGAUUCAGAUGCCUGCGAUGAACUGGGUUGCAUGAUAAAGCAGAUGGAACCUAGUGUGAAACACAAAGAUAGUGGCCUUUCUAAGUUAGAUGACAUAAAACCUACUCUACAGACAGGUGAAAUUCCUGGCAAAUGUAUGGGAGACCAUCAAUUGGUUGAAGAUGCUUCUAAAACCCAUGAGAGAGAGCCAUCUGUUCAUGGGGGAUUAGAAGAUCCAAAUAGCAGAAAUACCGACAUACCUUUGACUGAGACAGAUGAGUCUAAAGAGGGUAAACAAAUUGUUCUUGAUGAAACUCGAGCGGAAGCUUUGGUUGAUCAGUCUUUGGAUAACAGGGGACAGGAAGAUAAAUUUGCUUCUGGGUCAGAAGUUGAUACUGUAAUUCCUUCUGUGCAAAGCACAUGUUUGAGUGGUGUUUUGAUAGAUGAUCAAGAUACACAUUUGAAAAAUGAUAUCAUUGAUAAAAAUGUGGACAGUUUAGAUGGUGAAAAUGUUGAUUUAUGUCCAGAGCGUCACAUUGGUGGCAGGAACUUGAUUGAUGAUACAGUUGCAAGUGUUACCUCGCAUGUACAGAAACAUUCAGCUUUGGACAUGCAAUCCAGGGAAGAAGAACAUGCUGUCGGAAACAGCAUAUUUAAUGUGGAUGAGCCUUCUGAUAGGAUAUUGGAAGGGAGUUCUUACCUCCAUGUGGAAGAAUGCAGUGAGGGCGCAGGUGCAGAAAUUCCUCUGCAGAUCAGCAAGUCUGAAGACACUGUCUUGUCAGAAGGAAAACUACAUGACACACCAUCAAUGCCAGUUGUUAUUGAUAAUACCCUCAAGGAGCAUGAAAAUGAGGUUAUUGAUACUGAUACUAUGAUUUCUAAUGGUCUAGAGUCAAAGGUGAAUUCAAUGUUGCUGGAAGCAUCUGAUGCUAUUGAGAAGGAGGACUUGUUAGAAAGUGAUUGUCAUCCAGAUAAAAAAAUCUUGAGUAGCAAGUCUGAGAAAUCUUUGUUGUUAGUGGAAGAUGGUGAAAGUUCUAAGGAUGAAGAUAUAGGUUCUCAUGUCACUUUGGUAACUGAACCCAUUAGAGUAUGUGAAAAAUACAUUGUCACCAAACAUAAUGAUGAUCAUAAAUGUGAUGAAAGUGGUUCAGCUGCUGCUAAGCAGAAAACCAGUUUGCCUUCUGAUUGUAGUAGUGCAGAUUGUUGUGAUGAUGGAUCCCCAGUUGUAACGAAGGGAGUUGAUUCCUCAUCGUUUGGUGCUGGUGGCAAGGUAAAUGAGUUAACUUCAAACCUACAACCUGAUGUUGCUGUCAGCAGUAUGUCGGUGGAUUGUGUUCUUUUGCCUUCCGGCAAGGAUAUGCCGGUCAUUACUGUUUUGGAUCAUAAAGAGGUUCAGGUGCCAUCUUUAGAAGCAAGUUUCUCAAUCAUAAAGACCUCUGAAACAACAACUGAAAAGGAUGCUUCUUGUGAGGCUGGUGAACAGUUCUCAUGCAAGAAAGAUGAUCAGUCAUUGUUAAUGGAGGAUACCACUACCGUUGAGGGUGAAAGUGGAGACCAGACUCUUUGCAGAGUCUUUGAUUCAGCAGUGAGGAAGACUGAUGGCGACGAAGCUCAAGAUAUCUCUAAAAAGGUUUCUACAGAUGCUGCAGGUGUAUCAACUCAGCUAAACAAGACGUCGAUGGAUUCAGUGCCUUCAACUUCAAUGGAAACCUCCCAUAAUGCUGACCAAAAUCACCCUAAAGAUAGUGAUUCCAAAUUGGUUUCUGACGAGAUCAGUGGUCAUGUUGCUGUGCAUUAUGUUGAUGUUGAUCCUGCAAAGACUUCUAAUACUUCCUUUGUUUCGCCUUCAUCUGAAUCUCAAACUAAGUUUCACAUGAUGGAAAGUGGAAGUGCUGAUCUUGACAAUCCUUCCUGUGGCUCUCCAGUUGUCAUUAGAACUUCUGAGCAGUCACAAAGUAAAAUUGAAAAUGCAGUUGUGAGAGGAUCCAAAGAUCAGAGUGCUGUAGUGUCUGGCAUCACUAAAAGGGAAGCAAACAAAGAGCAGUCAAUUUCUCAGGAUACAAAAGGAAAUGAUGCAACUCAAGGAGACAAAAGUUUCACCUUUGAGGUACCUUCCUCGUUAGCUGUGUCUGAACAAAAAUCUGGGAAGAAUUGGAAGCCUUUCUCAACCAUGCAACAUGAAAAAAUAUCCCCGAAGGCCACGGAAGGAACUCCAUCAACCUCUGGAUUUAGCAUAGCAGGGCCCAAAGCUGCUCAAGAGACAAGUCAUACAAAUCCUCAGGUAACUAAAAGGGGGAAUGCACGUGGUGGCUCCAAAGGGGCUUCUGAGCGUAAACCAAGACGAUCAGGUGGUAAGAGUGCUGGAAAGGAAGCUGCUAGGAAGGGAAAUGCUACAAAAGAAACAACUCCUGCAAGACAAUCAGAAAGAAGUGAGACAACAAGAAAUGUGUCACCCACUUCAGCUGGAACUGGUCAGCUUGUGCAAUCCAGUGAGAUGCAUCACCAUGGACACACAGAAGUUUUUCAUCAGCCUUUUAUGGAUUUGCAACAAGUUCAGUUACGAGCUCAGAUUUUUGUGUAUGGAGCUUUAAUACAAGGAACAGUACCUGAUGAGGCAUAUAUGAUAGCGGCAUUUGGAGGUCUUGAUGGUGGUAAAACCAUUUGGGAAAAUGCCUGGCGAGCAGGUAUAGAGAGGGUACAUGGUCAAAAAUCGCUUCUUAGCCCAGAAACUCCGGUGCAGUCUCAUAUAGGUGCUAAAACUUCUGAUCAACCAAUCAAACAAAGUCCACUUCAGAGUAAGGCUACAUUCUCGCCUGCUAGUUGGUCUACCAGCAAGGGUACUCCAACAACGGCAAUUGUAAAGCAAAUGAUGCCUCUUUCAUCACCACUAUGGAGUAUUCGUACACCUUCCGUUGAUGCCCUUCAACCAACUGGCCUUCCAAGAGGUGCAGUUAUGGAUUAUCAGCUGGCAAUUUCUCCAUUACAUCCUCCGCCUACAAGGAAUUUUAGUGGACACAAUCCUUCUUGGAUGCCCCAAUCCCCUUUCCGUGGCCCCUGGACUCCGCAGACUUCUGCGUUUGAUGGCAAUGCUUGUUAUCAAGCAGUUAAUUUGAAUCCUGUAAAAGCAUCUGUGCCUCAAUCUUCUAGCGGGAAACAGGUUUCUGCAGUUCCUGUGGUCCAGGGUGGAAGUACUGCUAAUGUUUUUGCAGGGACUCCCCUGCUUGACACAAAAAAGACAGCAUUAACACCUGGUCAGCAUUCUGCUGAUCCAAAGCCUAGAAAACGGAAAAAGUCUACAGUUUCCGAAGAGCCUGUUCAGAUUAUACCACAUUUUCAAUCAGAGUGCUCUUUGGCUACUGUUGUGGUUAGUCAUUCCUCUACACCUGCUGCCAUUACUGUUCCUUCUGCCAAUAUAUCCAAGUCCUCCACUGAUAAAUUGGUGGCAUCUUUCUCUAAUCAACUCAAAAAGGGCAACCAAGAAUCAGAUCAGAGGGCUGGUCUGUCUGAAGAGACUCUUAGUAAACAUGAUAAUGCUCAGAAGCAUGCAGAGAAUGCUGCUGCUCUUGCUGCUGCUGCUGUUAGUCACAGUCAAGAAAUAUGGAAUCAGUUGGACAAGCACAAAAAUUUAGGGUUGUCACCAGAUGUUGAAACUAAAUUGACUUCCGCAGCUGUUGCAAUAGCAGCAGCAGCUGCUGUUGCAAAGGCUGCAGCUGCAGCUGCCAAUGUUGCCUCAAAUGCUGCCUUGCAAGCAAAACUGAUAGCUGAUGAAGCAUUGGUUUCAAGUGGCUACAGAAAUUCCAUUCCCAAUAAUUCAAUCUCUGAUAGGAUGAAGAAGUUGAGCAAGGCUACUCCUGCAUCCAUCUUAAGGGCUGAGGAUGCUACUAUUAGUUCGAAUUCUGCCAUUGUUGUUGCUAGAGAAGCUGCUAGGAGGAGGUUAGAAGCAGCUUCAGCUGCCUCAAAGCAAGCUGAAAACAUGGAUGCCAUUGUCAAAGCUGCUGAGUUGGCAGCUGAAGCUGUGUCACAAGCUGGAAAGAUUGUUGCUAUGGGUGAAACUUUCUCAUUGAUUGAAUUGGUAGAAGCAGGUCCAGAGGCAUACUGGAAAGUACCCCAAUCAUCUCCUGAGCUGGAUAUUGCUAUUAGAGGACGCAUAAACGUAGGUAGUAGUGUGAAAGCUCCUGGUUCAUCAGUUGGGAAUCUAAAAGAGGACAAGAGGGAAAAGAAGAGUGAUAACCUUGGAAAGUCACCUACCCUUAGAGAGAUGGCCAGGGAGUCUAUGGAAGAUCAUUCUAGGUUGACAGAUUUGGCUCCUGUUGCAACUGGUGAAAUGGAUAAAAAAGGGCAAAAGGGCCGCAAAGCUUCAGAUGUCACCAAAACUAAAGGAGUUGCUUCUGGAUCUCAGAUUGGGUUUGGAUCACCUUUGGUGACCGCUGCCCUUGAAAAAGCAGGGGAAGGGGAAACUUCAAAAGAUAAUAAUAUAAGGGAAGGCUCGCAUGUUGAGGUAUUGAGAGAUGGAAGUGGGUCAAGAGCAGCAUGGUUCCUGGCAGAUAUACUGAAGUUGAAAGAGGGCAAAGCUUAUGUGUGUUACAAUGAACUUCGACAAGAGGAUGGCGAUAGGUUAAAGGAAUGGGUGGAACUUGAACUUGAAGGUGAUCAAGCACCCAGGAUACGCUGUGCCCGUCCUAUUACAGCCAUGUCAUUUGAAGGAACAAGGAAGAGACGAAGGGCAGCCUUGGGGGAUUAUAAUUGGUCUGUUGGAGAUAGGAUUGAUGCAUGGAUGCAAAAUAGCUGGUGGGAGGGAGUUAUCACUGAGAAGAGCAAGAAAGAUGAAACUUCUUUUACCGUCCAUUUUCCUGCACAAGGAGAAACAUCUGUUGUCAAAGCAUGGCUUCUUCGUCCUUCUUUGAUGUGGAAGAAAGGUAGUUGGGUUGAGUGGUCCAGUUUUGAUAAUAAUGAGUCUUCCCAUGAGGGUGAUACCCCGCAGGAAAAACGACAAAGGUUAAGCAGUCCUGCGGUUGAGGCCAAAGGGAAAGAUAAGCUUUCAAAAAAUGAUGAUAUUAAGGAAUCUGGGCAACCCGAUGACACGAGAUCGCUGGAUUUAUCUGCAAGUGAAGGAACAUUCAAUAUUGGUAAAAGCACCAGAGAUGAGAGGAAGCCUGAUUCACUCAGAAUGAUACGUACUGGUUUAAAGAAGAAAGGGUCAGGAGUGGUUUUUGGUGUUCCUAAGCCUGGAAAGAAGCAAAAGUUUAUGGAAGUGAGCAAACAUUAUGUUGCCGAUCAGAGUAGCAAGACUCAUGAAACUAGUGAUUCAGCCAAGUUUACAAAAUAUUUAAUGCCUAGAGGAUCUAAACCCCGUGGAACUAGAAGUAAAAUUGAACCAAAGGAAAAACGAAUGGCUGUAUCCAAGCCCAAGAUUCUCAAGCCUGGAAAACUGCCUAGUGUUUCUAGAAGUAUUCCUCAGGACGACUUAUCAAACACUAUGGUUUCUGAACCUGAUAGUGCUGUGGCAUCAGACGUGUCAAAAUUGGAGGGUUCUAUAAGCCAUGCUGAGAAUAUAUCAGGAAAGCCAAACAUGAUGGAGUUAAGAUCAUUUUCAUCUUCCGAUGGGGCAGCCGAGGGCCCAGUCUUAUUUUCUUCUAUGGCCCUCUCAUUAGAUGCACCCCCCAAGAAAGCUUCUGCAUCAAAUGUUAAAUCUGAAAGGAUUAAUAAGGGGAAACUUGCACCAGUUUCUGGGAAGUUGGCAAAAAUCGAGGAAAAUGUCUUCAAUCGCGAUUCAACAAAAACAAGCUCUGAUGUUGUUGAACCUCGUAGAUCUAAUCGCAGGAUCCAGCCAACCUCAAGACUUUUGGAAGGGAUACAAAGCUCAUUGACGAUCUCAAAAAUCCCUUCUGUUUCACAUGACAAAAGUCACAAAAUCCAAAGCAGAAGUACCAGAGGAAAUAACCAAAAGGUAGAAAGCAACUAAAGGAAUCCAGUCUUGAAGAAAUUCUGGGUAGCUUGUGUAAAUUAUCAGAUGAUAGAGGAGAAAGCUAGGAACGAAAGUUGCUUCUUUGGCUUUUUUAAUGUAGCUGUAGAUUCUGUUUUUUAGUUCUAUUUUAGAAUUAUUAUGAUGUGAUCUCUCUAGGCCAUGCUCUUCUAGCGUUUGCAUAUGGAACGCCCCCUCUCAAGUAGUUGGGCUUCAUAUUCACAGAGCAGCAUUGCAAAGCUGAUAUCGGCCCAUGUAUCUCUGUUGCAUCUAACUGCUCAUCUGCCUUAUUUUCUCGGUGCAUGGACCUAUCCAUUGGGGGUUUCUUCUAGUUCUGUGUUGCUCCUAAAGGAUUCAAAAUAAAAAGAUCAGGAUUCAAACCA